GUAAAAUCUUUCCAAAGUAUUCGCUAUGGUUCAAGAACGAAAAUGUAUACUGUGCCACAUCAUAUACACCUCAAAAAAGGAGAUGGAUGAGCACAUGAGAAGUAUGCUUCAUCACAGGGAACUGGAAAAUCUGAAAGGGAGGGACAGCAACCAUGAGUGCCAGGUGUGUCGGGUGACAGUGGUGGGUUUGUCAUCAUAUGCCAAGCACAUCUCCAGCCAGCUGCACAAAGACAACGUUGAAGCCCAUGAUGGAGAUGAAGGGAAGGAAGAGGCUGAUGAAGAAUACUUUGACAAGGAACUCAUCCAGUUAAUCAAGCAAAGAAAUGAGCAGAACCGGACAAGUGAAGCCUGCCAUGUGAACCAUGAAACAGAAACUGAAGACAGAAGGUCACAAAGACGGCAAGAUGAUAGAACUUAUCAAGACAGAGAAGCCUAUGAUUCAUCAUCAUGGUACUAUCAUGGGCAACCUCAGAGAGACUGGAAAUGGGAAAAUGAUGGCUUCUUAAAUUCUAGACAAGGCAAAUUUGGACAUUCUACAAGGAACCCAAAUAACACAAACAGGCAUCCCGGCAGCCAGAGAGGAAGGCCUGGAUGGCAUCAAAAUAAUUCUGGAGUAUCUUCAAAUCGAUAUCAUAACUAUGGGAAUACUGGAAGCACUUGGCAUCAGAAUUCUGGAAGUGGGCCAUCAGUUUGGCAUCAUGGUGGCAGAGGAAGAAAUUCCAACUGGACUUCUGAAGGGAAAAAUAGCUUUUCUAAUUGGCAGUCCAAAAACUCUGGAGGUAAUUGGAAACUCAGUCAGCCAAGUGGAGGUGGCUGGAAUUUAGGAAGAAAUAGAGGUGCAAAGAGUCUCUCCCAAUUAGUCAGUUUGGAUAUUCCCUGGUUUAAAAGCAAGAAUGUUCAGGAUAAGUACAGUGGAGAAAUGUUUUCAUGGCAGUGGCAGGAUAGUGGGUCUGGGGGAUCUUAUACAGGCCACAUGAAUGAAAAUGACAGCAGCAAUUACUUAUUGGAUUUCACUAGUGAUCAGCUGCCUCCAGAUGGGUUACUGAACUUUAGCACUUCUGUGCAGCCUGAUAGCAAAACGUCCAAAGUAAAUGGAAAGUGCAGCAGCAGCCCUUCUCGAGAAAAGACGAGUCGUUGGGCUCCAUAUCCCUCCCAGAAAACUGUAGAACAGCCACCACUGUCUGAUAAGAAUGUGACUAAAGUACCAGAGAAGGCAGAUUCUGCCCAUCUGUUAUCAUCCUCCACUCCAAAAUGGACAGAUCCUAAAACCAGUGAGCUGAAAUUUAAAAAAUGGGAAGAAAGUUUUUCAGUACCCCCCAGUUCAAAAGCAGCAUCCAACAAACGUGUGCCAUCCAGAGAGCCAACUGAAUGCACCAGUGGGAAAAAAUCGGACCAAGCUGAAAGCAGAGGCCAUAGGAUGCCAUCCCUAAAGUCUCCACUUCUUGCUAUUCCAGAUUUAAAGCCAUCUUCUCAAAAUAAAAGCCCAAAGAAUAUCUUGAAACAUGUCCAGCUUUUGUUAUCCUCUGGAGAGUGUCAGAGUCAACUGAACACAGUAGAUUCGGAGGCUAACAGUUCUUCCUCUGAUGGAUCUAACCUAAGCAAUGAAUGUAAUAAUUCCAAAGGCAUCGGGAAUGUGCUGGACAGCAAUGAAAGCCUAAGUGAAGUAUUAUGGAAAGCUGAACAAGAGCUGCAUGGUAGCCAUUCUUUGCAGACUCCUUCCUUGAACACUUACAUAAGAACUCAUAGUGAUGGAAAUGAAGAAUGUAGUACUGAGGGACCUGCACAUUCCCUGUGUGAGUCCCAGAUAGAUAGGUUGGAGGAAGAAAGUUACAGAGACAUAGCAGGAACCAAAAGUGCCCUCUCAGAUACUUGUUUAUCCCAUGAACCUGCAGAAACUGACCAUACUGCAAGAAAAAAUGGUAACAGCCUAGGAGAAUCAGAGCAUAUUGACAAAAACUACUCUGAAUUCCACAUGGAGUCCAUAGAAACUCUAUCACACUCUCAACGCAACUUAGAUAUUGACUUGAAAGCAACCCAGGAAGAGGACGGAGAGGAAGAUGUUACAAAAUCAAAUGUUCAUCCUGAAGACGAAGAUUAUGAAGCUCAUUUAAAUCAUGAGCUGCAGAAAGGUGCAGGAGGGCAGCCUUCAGGUCCUCUUCUCCCUGAAUUGAGUAAACUUGGCUUUCCAGCAUCCCUCCAAAGAGACUUGACAUGGCGUGCUAGUUUGAAGAGCAAAACUGGUACACAUCUACCAGAGCCUAACCUCAACAGCGCCAGGCGCAUUCGGAAUGUUAGUGGUCAUCGAAAGAGUGAGGCAGAGAAGGAAUCGGGGCUCAAGCCUACAUUAAGGCAGAUUAUCAGUGUCUCUCGUAGAAAUGUAAACUGGGAGCAGGUCAUUCAGCAAGUGACAAAGAAGAAACAAGAGCUUGGCAAAGGUUUACCAAGGUUUGGCAUUGAGAUGGUCCCUCUCAUCCAGAACGAACAGGAAGGUCUUGGGCUGUGUGAGGAGCCUGAUCUGACCAGUCUUGAAGGGUUCCACUGGGAAGGGAUCUCUUUCGGCUCCCCUGGGCCCAUUAGAAAACGUAGCCUUUCAGAAAGUAGUGUGGUGAUAGAGAAGACAGCUUCUGCUUACAGUUUCUUCAGCAGUCACGGCCCAAGCAAAGACAAUGAGCAAAGCCAGAUCAGUUCAGAAACUGUCACCGAAGGCACAACUUCUGAGUUCCAGUUGCAGCCAGAUGUGAAACAAGAGGCCUCGUCUCUCCCUUCAUCACCAUUUAGAACUGACUCCAUUGCUAAUGAAAGGAGGCUCAGCCUACAGAUGACCCCUGACGUUACCAGCCUGGCGGCAGUUAGUGCAAAAGAAAUCCAGAGAAGCCCAGAAUACAGAGCACAGCUACUUGAAAGCCAAGAUAUGCAAGAAAUUCCAGGGGAGAGAUACUGUUUGGCUUCAGCCCUUGCUGCAUCCAGCACUGUUGAUGCAGCCACUGAUAGCAGCUAUACAUCUGGCAAUGAACAGAAUGACAGCCAGGGAAUUGGCAAAAAAAGAAGAGCAACCGGAGAGGGGUCAUCUCCUGAAAUCCCAAGUCUAGAAAGAAGGAAUAAGCGAAGAAAGAUUAAAGGCAAAAAAGAACGUUCUCAGGUAGACCAGUUGUUGUCUAUUUCUCUGAAGGAAGAAGAAUUGAGCAAGUCAUUGCAGUGUGUGGAUGGAAGCCUCCUACAGGCUCGAGCUGCUUUACAGGCAGCUUAUAUUGAAGUUCAGCGGCUCCUUGUACUGAAACAACAGAUAUCUGUGGAAAUGGGUACUUUGAGGAGCCAGAGAAUUGAGAUCCUGCAGGGGCUUCAAGAAACGUAUGAGCCUUCGGAACAGCAGGUUCAUCCCAGCAACUCGAGUGAAAAAAGAAACUGCAAGCUUCCACUGACACAGGGCCUAAAUGCUAAUCCAGGUCUUCUUGUUCCUCUUCUGGAAAGCACAUCACCCCUCUCAGCCCAAAUAUCCCCAGCUGCCGUGGCAGCCCCCAUCCAAGUAAGCGUUCCACCUGCAUUUCAAACUACUGGGGUCAUGGGAGCCAUCACAGUUCCUGAUUCGUCCAUUCAAAUCAAGCAAGAACCUGCAUCUCCAAAGCCUGGAGAGGAGAGCAUGAAUAUACCACUCCAGAGCUCUCCUUGUUCUCCUCAAGCAGAACUUCAGUUUCAGGAUGGGAGUGCAAGCCAGAAAUCUUCAAUGUACCCUGUAAUCUCUGCUGCCAUGUCCUUGUCAGGACUCACUAAUUUUCAGCAACCUAAUCAAGAUAUUCAAGAUCCUGUUCCUGAUAAGGAGACUACCUGCUUAUCUGGCCUUUCCCCCCUUAGCUGUUCUCCACCUUUAGUGUCAAUGAAGACAGAAGAAAACAAAGGCUCAGCAGACAACCCCAUCUCAGAACAGUGCACUAGUUCCUUUCAGAACAGAACCUCUCCGUCUGAAACACCCGUGAAUGAAAAUCCCAAACAGGCCACUGAACAGUCCGAGCAGAUGGCAGUUUCUACUCUGGUUUCCAUAGGCAGCAAAGUAAGCAAGAAAAAGAAGAAGCUGAAGAAGAAGAAAGCACUGCGAGCAGCCCAUGUGCCUGAGAACAGUGACACAGAGCAGGAUAUAAGUGACUCGAAACCUUUCAGGAAAGUCAAGUCUAUAAAGGUGCCCAAAGGAGAAAAAGUUACAACAUCCACCCCUCCAAAGCAAGAAUAUGUAGAGACUACUGAGGGAAAAAAUGGGAAGAAGGAUGAGAAUGAGAGUGACGCAUCUCUGGAAUUUGUGGAGGUCCCCAAAUCUCCACUUGAAGUAGUGGCCAUCACUUCUUCAGAAUCAGGAGAUGAGAAACCAGACAGCCCUUCCAAGAGGGAUUCCUUGAGUGCCUCAGAACAGCUUUUGAGAGAAGCAUCUCGGUCUGGCUAUGACGAAGUGAGCUCUACUAGUGAGAUUGGAACAAACUAUAGGGAUGGCACUGGUAGAAGAGUGGCUGAGACCCAGACAUCUAUAUCAUCACUUCGAGGAUCAAAAAACUCAUCAGAAGUCUCUUCAGAGCCUGGGGAGGAUGAAGAACCUACAGAAGGAGUAUUUGAGGGACAUGCAGCUGCAGUGAAUGCUAUUCAGAUUUUUGGGAAUUUGCUGUAUGCCUGCUCAGCAGACAAAACUAUCCGUACAUAUAACUUGGUGAACAGGAAAUGUGUUGGUGUAUUUGAGGGACACACUUCAAAAGUGAACUGCCUGCUCGUUACUCAGACUAAUGGGAAAAAUGCAGCUCUCUAUUCUGGCUCCAGCGACCACAAUAUAAAUUGUUACAACAUCAAGACUAGAGAACUUAUUGAUCAGUUUAAGUUAGAUGACCGUGUACUCUGUCUGCACAGUAGGUGGAAAAUACUUUAUGCGGGACUUGCAAAUGGCAGUGUGAUCACUUUCAGCAUAAAGAACAACAAACAAGGUGAUACCUUUGAGUGCCACAGUCCCAGAGCAAUUAGCUGUCUAGCUACAGCCCAGGAAGGAGCACGCAGGUUGCUAAUUGUGGGAUCUUACGAUUGUACGAUCAGCGUGCGAGAUGCCCGAAAUGGACUUCUGCUUCGAACCCUUGAAGGUCAUAGCAAAACAGUCCUCUGUAUGAAGGUUGUGAAUGACCUGGUAUUCAGUGGUUCCAGUGACCAAUCUGUCCAUGCCCACAACAUACAUACAGGGGAGCUUGUACGGAUCUACAAAGGACACAACCAUGCUGUGACAGUAGUGAACAUCCUGGGGAAAGUUAUGGUAACAGCCUGCUUGGAUAAAUUUGUUCGUGUUUAUGAGCUGCAGUCUCAUGAUCGUUUGCAAGUCUACGGAGGACACUCGGACAUGAUUAUGUGCAUGACCAUUCAUAAAAGCAUGAUCUACACUGGUUGCUAUGAUGGCAGUAUUCAAGCUGUGCGGCUUAACUUGAUGCAGAAUUAUCGUUGCUGGUGGCAUGGAUGUUCGUUGAUAUUUGGAGUUGUGGACCACCUGAAACAGCAUUUGUUAAAUGACCACACAAACCCAAACUUUCAAACACUAAAGUGUCGGUGGAAGAACUGUGAUGCUUUCUUCUCCUCCCGGAGAAGUUCCAAGCAGGAUGCUGUGGGACAUAUUGAAAAACAUGCAGAAGAUGAUAGCAAGAUUGACUCAUGAAGUGUUUACACCUCCCACAUUGGGAAGUACAUUUUCUAUACUGGAAAUUCCAUGUCUAUCCCUUUUCCUCCUGAGUUACUACUUGGAGUACAAAGAGGAGUAAGCCUUUUUUUUUUUUGUAACAGAGACAGCUUUUUGCAGGCAGCUCUGUAGAGAAAGGAAUGAUGGACAGAUUCAGACCAAACAAUCACAAAUGUUUUACGUUUUUAUUCAUCAGCAGAAACAAACUCCUUUCCUUUUUAUUCUAUACUCUCAAAGUAGUAGAUGAUGUAUAUCUAAGAUGGAGAGUUUAGUACUCAAACUGGUGCUUAAAUACUCUGCUGUGUUCAUCAGUUUUAUGUUGUACAAAGGAUCUCCCAAGCGUACGAUACUUUUGGAUUUAGACAGUUUUAGUAAUUUCAAAAAACUUCCAGAAAUAUUACAUAAUCAUUGACGAUUGCUCUGUUUACUUCCAUCACAUAUUUGUACCCCUCAUAGGAUGAAACGUGGCCUCCUUACUAAACAGUGAAUAUAAACUUUCAGUUUAUAUUAUUACUUACCUUUAAUUCUAAAUGCUAGGUAUGCACAGCUGCUCGCUGCUGAAUUUGAUUUUCUGUACAUUUUUGUCCCCCAAAGAAGCUUGUGGUGAUGGGUUAUAGAUAUUGCAUCACCCAAACAGCCAUAUUACUGGGUUUCUUCACCAAGUUAUUGGUGUUUUUAUUUUUAACUGGUGCAAAGACCAGUGCAGAUAACAAUCUCAGUUUUUAAGCAUUGUUGUCUGUAUCUAUUCAGUGCUGGUCUUGUAAAAAUAAUGAGACUACAUUCUGAAUGUUUGUGUUUUUUUUUUAAGUUCUGGCCUAUUUGUGGCAUCUUAAACUGUUGAGCUUUGGAGUCUUUGCAUUUUUAGUGAACAUUUUCUCUUCCUGUCCAGCUUACACUUGAACUUGAAAACAUGUUUGGAUAGUUACUUUUUAACAGCUGUUAUUUACAUUAUGGUCCGGUUUUAAUAACUGGAAGUUCCCUCGUAAGAGCAAGGGGUUGUUGGAUCUGAAACAUGAUUUUGAAGUCUGAAGGGCCCAAACAGAAGCUGAGACUAUGUUUGCGUGUGCAGACCCAUUGCCAUUUAGAUUUGCUUGAAGAUGAUGUUUGCAGUGCAGAGAACGGAUAUGUAAUCACAGGGAAGAAAUGUUCAUUCAGGUGGCAUUCCAGCAGUUCCCACUUUUUUGUUGUUCAAGUGCUUUCUUCUUGUAGUCAGUGUUCUCAUCAUUUUCAGUCUUAGCUUUUCUAUGGAAUAAGCCCCCCAAAAGUGAUACAGUAACAGAAGCAGAAGAGAAUGGCUGUGUAAUGUCAUUUUAUUCUUCACAUAACAUGAAUGUUCUGAAAGAAGAAUGAGUAUUAUUAUCUACUUUUUGUUUAUUUUUAAAUCCUAAACUCCAAGGGGAGUGUUCUCUGCAGCUGAGGGUAAGAACAAGAUCAUGCUUGUAAAUGGGGAAUAUGGGGGGGGGGCAACUUGAGGUAGUGAAGGGUCAUGCCCCAGUAUUUUUGCUGGAUAUUUGAAUUUUGCCUCUCAGAAGCUACUGGGGAAAAUAUUUUUAACAGAUAAAUCUAGCUUCUAAGCAGCCUCAUAAGGUUUUCUGGUGAAAGAUCUUUUCUUUUUACAUUAUCGUUCACCAAGUGGUCAUUCCCUGAAUGAACUGAAGACAUUUUGCUUACAAUUCAUUAAGGCUCUGUUCUGAAAACACUUUUCCAAAGAGAACAGCACCCUGCAACAGACCUUCUACUGUCUUUUAGCAGGUGGCUUCUAGGCAGUGGCUAUUUUGUUGUUUUUGACGUUUUCACCAUGACAUUAUUAUGGCAGGUUUGGAGGGCAGGGGCAGCCUUCUUCACAGUGGGAGAGAAGCUAGAGGGAGAAACUUGGGAAGGUUCUCCAAGCUUUAUCAAGAUGCUGUGGAGAAUUUGAGCUGUAAAAAAAGGUAUCUAACUGUUGUGAGAACGAAAAAUUUCUUUUAGAUCCAUAGCUGAAUUCAAUUUGAAAGGAAGACGCAGAGCCAGAGUGUUGUACUGAAAAGUAUGUGGAGUGCUGUGUUUAUACUAGUCUUGAGGAUUAGUAAGUGAAUGGAUUUUAAUUUUAUAUCCUCUUCUGGUUUGAGAGAUUUUUUUAUUGGAAGAGGAUGGUGACUUUGCUUGCAAUUUUUAAAAAAAGAAAUGUCCUUUUUCAUUACAUUAGUUGUUGCAUCAUUUAGUAUUCUUGAUCACUUUAAUAGGAGUGUGAUGGUGUGUGUGUGCGCGCAUGUUUAAGAUGGGUGUGAAGACAGAUUUUUCUGUAAUCCGUUUUGGGAUGCCUUUGACCUUUUGUCUCCAGAGUGCUUCAACUAUAAUAAAGUGUGCUUGUCUUGUCAGAUGCUAGUUUCCAUAUGUUGGCCUUUAUUUGAAAGAUGGAUGAGAACUGCUCCAAAACCUGGUCUUUAUGAAUGUUCAUAAAUUCACAUUACCUCUGAAGAUGUUACAUCAGGUCUCAUCACGUAAGUCUGCUGCAUUAAGAUACCACUGGAGCCACAUAGUGUCCUCAUUCAGUUCUUAGAAAUAUUCUUGUCUUAUACUUCAGGGAUUUUGUUGUUUGUUUGAGGCUCUGCUUUCUGCACUUCUACCUCUUUAGCAGGAAAUUAGCCUGUUCCUAUAGGCUCUGCUGGAAGCCAUGGAGACAUAAAGGAUAAAAUAAUGUGCAUACAAAUUGUGGAGUGGGUUUGUUAAGAUUAUGUCUGUCACGUUCAAUGCAGGUUUCUAGCAUAUUUCCACAAAUAAGAUGAAGUUUUUAGUAUGAAAUCUUUGAGAUGAUGAUGAUCUCUUCUGUUUUUUGUCUUGGAAAGAGAGAAAGAAAUGACGUGACCAGAGGGAACUGUGGAGUGUGUUUUGGACUGUGUGCGGACUGUUAACUUUUAUAUGUUGGCUUAAUGACUGAGUAAACUGUUACAUGGUGUGUAUAAGUGAAUUUGGACUGCAUGCCAACACAAUAGACCUUUCUUUUAUGCCAUUUAUCCUGUUUCAUGAAUUAUUAUUUUUUUGGUACAGUGUGAGGAAGUGGUUUGUGCACCAGCCUUUUAGGGACUGCUCAGUUACUUGACCUUUAGCGUGUCGGUACCAGUAAAUCCAAGUACAUUUCACUGACUACCCCAGCUUCUGUUUGGUCCUUGUAGCAAAUACUUCGGCAUGAAGGACAGACUUCUAAAAUGUUGGGACUGAAAUACCAGAUGUAUAAUCCACAUCCUAUUGAAGUGGCAGAAUUCUCAGAGUAGCAGCUGUGGAUUGCAUCCUUAAAUGUCAACCUGAACUUAAAUUCUUGUCAUAGCUCUGCAUUUCAUUUUUUUAAUAUUCAAGAUUCAUGUUGAACAGCUCACAUAAUUGGUUGCUUGUUGCUUCUAUAUUCAUUUUUUAAUUAGGAGCUUCAUUCCCUAGGUGUCUAGGGUCCUAGCAAGAAGAUUUUCUAUGUCACAUAUAAGCAGGCAAAAAGAUCAGCCCCUCAUUUUUCUCUGUCUAGAAAUGCCUUGGUUUGAACUCACUCAGACCUUUUCAAAUUGUAUAGCUUUCAAAGCAAGAACAGAUUGGUGUUGGGUAAACAGAGUUUUCUGAACUUGUUUAAUUUCAGUGGGAUGAAACCUAUGCCUAUGUGGCUUUUCUCACAAGUAAAGAUGUGUUUCAUGUGCAAAAAUGAUUUGGUCUUUCCUUUUACUACAAAGCUGUGAAUUUCAUCAAACAAAACAAAA